AUAGAACAGUUACGUAGUGAGUGAGAAAAGAAAACAGGUGAAGGUUGGAAAUGGAAGACGGCGGCGGCGGCGGCAAAUCGGCGGCGAUGGCGCAGCAGCAAUUGAUACAGCAACAGCUGAUGUUGCAACAGAUCCAGAGGCAGAAAGACGCGAUGUCCCGCUUCCCCUCCAACAUCGAUGUCCAUCUCCGCCCACAGCUUCACCAUCCUCCUAUCCUUCACCACCGCCCUCUAAACCCUAAUUCAAUCAUUCCUAAUCCUAACAACAACCCUAAUAAUCCUGCUCCGAAUAAUCCUCCACCACCACCACCACAACAGCAGCAGCAGCAGCAGCAGCACCACAAGGCCUCUCUUCAGUUGGCUUAUCAGGACGCCUGGCGGGUUUGUCAUCCCGAUUUCAAGCGCCCGUUCUCUUCCCUCGAAGAUGCCUGCGAGAGGCUAUUACCAUACCAUGUGGUGGCGGACUAUGAAGCAGAGGAAGACGACAAGAUUCUUGAUUCAGCCAACAACAACACUGCAGCUGCAGGUGGCCAAAUUCUUUCACGCUCUCAACAGUGGGACCAUAACAUUGCUGCGAAAAUUGCAGAGUUCACGGCCACAUUCGAGAAGCAAGUCCUUGCAUUCAACAUCAUUUCCCGUAAGCGAGGUGUUGGGGAGUUCCGGACAGAGGAGAAGUUGAUGAUGGAGCAAUUUCUGUUGCAGGAAGAAAAGAGAUCCCUCCUUGAGUUGAGGGAAUCUAGGCAAAAGGCUAGUCGAGAAAGUCAUGAAGCAAAUAUGCGCAUGGCGGCCAUAGCUCAUGCAGAAUCUCAAGCUCAUGCUGAGAUGAUGGCACGGGCUCCUAUAAGAGGCAGUGCCCUUGGUAAUGAUACUGAGGUCAUGGGUGGUGAGGAUGACGUCAUCAAUGGAUGGGGGGGAAGCAGCAGCAAUAAUAAUAAUAAUAUGCAGCACAAAGGUGGGGAUGAUAAAGAGCCAUCUGACGACUUUUUGAAUGACGAUGAAACAGAGAACGGAGAUGGAGCAAUCCAAGGUGAAUGGCCUGGAGGAGGUGAAUUGGAUCUCAAUGCAAGAUGAUUGUUUUUUGGCUCGACAGAUUGUAAUGUGCGACAAGCCUGUUAUUUUCAAAUGCACUUAAUUAUUGCUCUAUGUUCUAAUGUUACUACGAAUGAAAGCAGGCAUUGAUCGAAUGUAUCUAUCAUGCUCUAUACUCGGUAUCCAACAUAGCCAGUCAACUGUUGGCAUGAAUCGUGUGGGGUAAAACAUGGAGCGUUCUAGUUUGUUGCUUUUUUAAUAAAAGAUAAAUACAUAAAUCUAGGGAUCUUCUCGGUUGCCGGACAUUUCUCAUCAAAUUGAGAAAAUGUGCAGCCUUGAAACGACAAGUCUUGCUACCCAGAAAACAAAGCACUAGACGUC